AUGAGGCUCUUGUGGUUCCUAGUAGCUAUAAUGAUGGUCAUCGAGGUGAUCGUGGUGGUCGAGGAGGUCGUACGGGUGGUUGUGGGGGCCAUAGUGGACCACGUUCCUGUACUCACUGUGGUCGUGGAGGACAUAUUGUUGAUUUCUGUUGGAACUUACAUGGAAAAUCUUCUGGUACUGCGAAUCAGGUUUCUUAUUAGGAUGACACCUCUGUUGCAGCUUCUAUACCUCGGUCAACUCUAUCAGACACUGGAUCAGUUACUAUUACACGAGAAGAGUAUGCUCAGUUCCUGUCCCAGCAACAGGCUGUUCCAUCUCCCUUCAUUGUUACUUUUGUCCAACCAGGUACUGCUUCCACCUGUUUAUUGUCCUCCACUCGCAGACCUUGGAUCAUAG